AGCAAAAAGCUGUGCACAACGAGAGUCAUGCCAUAAAGAGUAAUGGGAGUGGUAUUUUAGUCAGAAUUUCCAGGACUUAUUUAGGAACAGUUUUGGGAAAUGACUGAGUACAUGGAGUUUGUGUAGGUGGAUGACAGGUUCGUUAGUGCUAGAGGGGGUUAGAAUGCUUGGAAGAGGAAAUAGAGUAUUUUUGGUAUGGAAAUCACUACGGGAGUAAUUAGCAUUAAUGGAAUCACGGAAAUAUUUCUGGAGGGGAAAUUUCAAAAGUUAAUGAUUCCUCUCCAAAACGUAACUAAUAUUGAGUACAAAUUUCCAAAGAUAUUUUAUCUCAUCCCAAUCUCACUAUUCUUAUUCCAAUAACCUACAUUUCACCCCUCUCUUUCCCUCUAUCACCCUAAACCCUCCCUCCAU